UGGGACCGGGUACCGGUCUACGACUGCGAGUUGCGUCAGCCUAUGCGUCAGCUCACAUCAUGGCGGAACCGGAGCAAAACCUAUCUGUGAAUGAAAAGCUUCAGUCAAUGGAUCUGAAAGAUGGCAAAAAGAGUAUGCAUCAGAAGAAACAAAAAGAGAAACCAGUUAGUGCCGGGGCAAAAGAAAUGAGCCCAUGGCCAGACUACAUUAACGAGCGAAUAAAACUUUGGGAUCGCUUGAAAGCAGAGUACGAAGAAUCUGUGGCAGCUAAAGUUCCUGAGGCUGUUCAGGUAACGCUGCCUGAUGGCAAGGUUGUGGAAGCGCAGUCAUGGCGUACAACUCCCUAUGAGGUGGCUAGUGGAAUAAGCAAAGGCCUUGCUGAUGCAACUGUCAUAGCCAAAGUCAAUGGAACAUUGUGGGACUUGGACCGGCCUCUGGAAGGAAACUGCUCGCUUGAGCUCUUAAAGUUUGAAGAUGAUGAAGCAAAGCAAGUGUUCUGGCAUUCCAGCGCCCACAUGUUAGGUGAAGCGAUGGAGAGAGUGUAUGGUGGGUGUCUGUGCUAUGGACCGCCACUUGAAAAUGGCUUCUAUUAUGACAUGUUCAUGGAUGAUAGGAGCGUAUCAAGUGACGAUUUCAAAGGGUUAGAAUCAGUUGUGAAAAAUGUUGUUAAAGAGAAACAGCAGUUUGAGAGAUUGGAAAUCAAGAAGGAAGAUUUGCUAGAGAUGUUUAAGUAUAAUCCCUUCAAGAUGAGGAUAUUGGAUGAGAAGGUGAACACGCCCACGACGACCGCAUAUAGGUGCGGGCCGCUCAUCGACCUUUGUCUUGGCCCUCACGUGCGCCACACGGGCAAGGUGAAGGCAUUCGCUGUCACCAAGAACUCGUCCACCUACUGGGAAGGCAAGGCAGAGGCAGAGUCAUUGCAGCGUAUCUAUGGCAUUUCCUUUCCUGAUACGAAGCAGUUGAAAGAAUGGCACAAGUUUCAGGAAGAGGCAGCAAAGCGAGAUCACAGAAAGAUUGCCAGAGAGCAGGAGUUGUUCUUCUUCCACGAGUUGAGUCCCGGCUCGUGUUUCUUCAUGCCCCGCGGCGCACACAUCUACAACACCCUCGUCAGCUUCAUCAAAGACGAGUACUGGGCACGUGGCUUCCAGUUUGAUCUUCGACCAUCGGCCGCGCUCGUGGAGAGAGCUGCCGAUCCGCUUGGCCGACUUCGGAGUCCUGCAUAGGAACGAGCUUUCGGGCGCGCUGUCCGGUCUCACCAGAGUGCGCCGCUUUCAACAGGACGACGCUCACAUAUUCUGCACGCAAGACCAGAUCAGGAGCGAGAUAAAUGGCUGCCUGGAGUUUCUCAACAAGGUUUACGUGACGUUCGGCUUCACCUUCAAGUUGUAUCUGGCGACGCGGCCGGACACGUACCUCGGCACCGUCGACGUGUGGGACAAUGCCGAGAAGCAGCUAGCAGAGAGUCUCGAUGCUUUCGGGUCUCCGUGGACGAUAAACCCGGCGGACGGAGCGUUUUACGGACCGAAGAUUGACAUCACGAUCCAGGACGCGCUGCGGCGGUCACACCAGUGCGCCACCAUCCAGCUAGACUUCCAGCUGCCGGAGAGAUUCAAUCUGCAAUACGAUAGUGGGGAGGAGAAGAAACGACCGGUCAUGAUACACAGGGCCAUUCUCGGAUCGGUCGAACGAAUGAUAGCCAUACUGACGGAAAGCUGCGGUGGAAAAUGGCCGUUCUGGCUGUCGCCACGACAAGCGAUCGUCGUGCCCGUCGGGGCGCAGUUUGACGAGUACGCAAGCGAGGUGACGAAGCAGGUGCACGACGCAGGCUUCAUCUGCGAUACGGACACCGACCACGGAACCACGCUGAACAAGAAGAUUCGCAAUGCUCAACUUGCUCAGUACAACUUCAUCUUCGUUGUCGGCGAAAGGGAGAAAACAAGCCAGACGUGCAAUAUUAGGACCAGAGACAACAAGGUGCAUGGCGAAUUCUCCAUCCCAGACAUAAUUCAGCGUUUUGCUACGUUGACUAAGGAGAAAACUCUGCACGAAGAUGCUUUCUGAGUGCAGCAAUGGGCCGAACCGACAAUGUGACACUAGAGUUAUGAAAUUUCACACAGGAUGAGUGAUGGUUUCUUGUGAGGGACAGAGUCACUGGUGUUGCUGGCAUUGACUGUAAUGAUAUAAUAUUUACAGACCUUCGCACUGCUGCAAUGGCACAAAAGAUACUGCUGUAACUGUUGGUGUAACUGACAAAACAAUUCACAUGAUGUGUUUUGCCCCAUGUGUUCUCCUACAUUUUGAGAGAAAGUGUGUUCCCAAUGCACUUCGAGAAUAUCGCUUAACGUUCCUUUCUCCGCAAGCAUAUUGCUCUUCUCAUCGUAAGAUUCUGUCUUAGGCCAAAACAAAAUAUAUGUGUGGUUACCACUACAUGCCAAAAAAAUAGGGUAGGUAGGGAAAACAUUUUAU